CGUAGAAUUCUUGAUUCAUAAUAAAACGAACAUAUGCCAAUAAUAAUGCUGCAUUAUCAGGUAAAGUUGACUCGUCCAGUUGUAUAGAGAAAAGGUAUUGUUGCUUAAGGGAAUUCUUUUAAUGAUAUCAGAUGCAGGUUUGUGUAAAACAGUUUUUAAAACCUCUUCAACAGCUGGCAAAAUUAACUUCUCUCCGAUAGUAUGCGGUUUUCCGGAUUUUGCUAUAAGUAACGAGAUAUUGUAAGACGCCCGCAAACCAUCAUCAUUUCUUUGUGACGUCGAAGCGAACAUUCUGUCCAGUGUAG